CAAGUCCCUCCGCCGUCUGGUCCUCUGUCUCCCCACGUCCCUCCGAUCCCUUCUCGCCGGAGUCUUCUUGUUCCGUUGACUCCUCUUGUGCGCCCCUUACCGGCUUUCUCUCCGAGUCUCUGAAGUGGGCUUCCUGCCAGGUGGCAGACCGUCAAAAUGGCGAUGCAGCUUGAUCUCUCUCAAGCUUCUGUGAUGAAAGAUGAACAGGGCCGGCCAUUCAUCGUCGUUAGGGAUCAAGGGAAAAAGAAGAGAGUCCACGGCACGGAUGCUGUGAAGGCGCACAUCGUUGCUGCUAAGACUGUCGCCAACAUCGUCAAGACCUCCCUGGGUCCCCGUGGUCUCGACAAAAUCUUGAUCUCCCCCGAUGGCGAUAUUACCGUUACCAACGAUGGUGCUACUAUUCUCGGCCAGAUGGAAAUUACGAACAACGUUGCCAAGCUCCUUGUCGAGCUGUCCAAGUCUCAGGACGAAGAGAUUGGCGACGGAACGACCGGUGUCGUCGUCUUGGCCGCGGCCAUGCUGGAACAAGCGUCCGACCUCAUCGACAAGGGUAUCCACCCUAUCCGGAUCGCCGACGGAUACGACCAGGCUUGCGAAAUCGCCAUUGCACAACUCGAUAAGAUCAGUGACGAGAUCCCCUUCACGAAAGAUGACACCACAAACCUGCUGAAGGUUGCCAAGACCAGUCUGGGUAGCAAGAUUGUCUCCAAGUCUCACGACCAGUUUGCGAAGAUUGCCAUCGAUGCCGUCCUCUCCGUGGCUGACCUGGAGCGCAAGGAUGUCGACUUCGAGCUGAUCAAGGUCGACGGAAAGGUUGGAGGUGCCCUUGAGGACUCCCUCCUCGUCAAGGGUGUCAUUGUCGAUAAAGAUUUCUCCCACCCCCAGAUGCCGGACGAAGUUCGGGAUGCUAAGCUGGCAAUCUUGACCUGCCCGUUCGAGCCCCCGAAGCCCAAGACCAAGCACAAGCUCGAUAUCACGUCAGUUGAGGAGUUCAAGAAGUUGCAAGACUAUGAGCGGGAGAAGUUCACGGAAAUGAUCCAACACUUGAAGGAUUCCGGUGCCAACCUGGUCAUCUGCCAGUGGGGUUUCGACGACGAGGCCAACCACCUCUUGCUCCAGAACAAGCUCCCCGCCGUUCGCUGGGUCGGCGGCCCUGAGAUCGAACUGAUUGCCAUUGCCACAAACGGUCGUAUUGUUCCUCGUUUCGAGGACCUGAGCUCGGAGAAACUCGGAACCGCGGGUCGUGUUCGUGAGAUGACCUUCGGUACCACGCGGGAGAAGAUGCUCGUCAUUGAAGAGUGCGCCAACAGCCGUGCUGUGACGGUGUUUGUCCGCGGAAGCAACAAGAUGAUCAUCGACGAAGCCAAGCGUUCGCUUCACGAUGCUCUUUGCGUUGUGCGUAACCUCGUCCGCGACAACCGUGUCGUGUAUGGUGGUGGUGCUGCUGAGAUUGCUUGCUCCAUUGCUGUUGAGGAUGCUGCCGUCAAGAGCCCCGGAAUCGAACAAUACGCCAUGCGCGCUUUCGCUGAUGCAUUGGAUGCCGUCCCGAUGGCGCUUGCCGAGAACUCUGGCCUGAGCCCGAUCGAGACCCUGGCUUCGAUCAAGUCCCGCCAGGUCAAGGAGAACAACUCCCGUCUGGGUGUUGACUGCAUGAUGACUGGCAACAACGAUAUGAGAGAGCACUUUGCCAUCGAUCCCCUGAUCGGAAAGCGGUCGCAGCUGUUGCUUGCUACUCAGCUCUGCCGUAUGGUCCUUAAGAUCAACAACGUCAUCAUUUCGGGCGAUGAUGAUCAGGAAUUCUAGAUUUCUUGUAUACAGGGUUUUGUUUCGAUGGCUAAAAGUGACACACUGGCGUUGCAGUCAUGCGGAAUCGAUGAUACUACAUAUAGUUCUUGCAGGUAAUCAG